UGCACGCGCGGUCUAGUUUCGUAGAUGCAGGACGUCGGAGAUAUUUUUUUUUCUCGGCGCUUUGGCGACGGCGGCGGUUUCAGUAACCCAAUGCCUUGGAUCUAGACCGAGAUUGCUCUACCCGCAUUUGUUGCUACGGUGUUGUACCAAGUCUGUUCAGAUUCGUGCGAACAUUUGACUGCAAAACAUUAGGACUCCAAAAAAAAAAUCGUCUAGACACUAGAGGCACACUCUUGUGUGUUGUUACACUCAAGUACUGUACUGGUUGCCAAAUUCGUGCGAGCAUCCGCUGUGUGCGGUCGAGUGCGUCGUUGUGUGACGGAGCGCCACAUGCCGAUGAUUGCCCGGUCAGGAAACGCUGUCGUGGGCACCGGGAAAAAGGUGGUAAUCAUGAUAUCCUCACUGGUGCGUUCUCUAGGGCCUCACUCUUGGUAGUUCGGCUGGCGCAGCUCUCCUCCCACUGUCAGUCACAGUUGGUUCUGCUCAUCGCCAGCGACGAGUUGCCCCCCUGCACCGUUGGAGACUGCCUAACUGGGGAAGAUGGUUGUCCAGGAGUUCACAGUUGAUCUCAACAAGCCCCUUGUUUUCCAGGUUGGCCAUCUUGAGGAGCGUUACCAAGAAUGGGUUCACCAACCUAUUGUCAGCAAGGAGGGUCCACGCUUUUUCGGAAAUGAUGUCUUGGAGUUCUUGACUUGCACAAAGUGGUGGGCUGUGCCAACUAUAUGGCUCCCUGUUGUUUGCUUCAUGUUCGUGAAAUCAAUUUUGAUGGGUAAUACCAUUCAGGACGUAGUUCUGAUGGCUCUAUUUGGAAUAUUUAUUUGGACGCUGAUUGAAUAUACUUUGCACCGCUUCCUAUUCCACAUUGAGACCAAAACCUACUGGUGGAACACCGCACAUUACCUUCUUCAUGGAUGCCACCAUAAGCACCCUAUGGACUCACUCAGGCUUGUUUUUCCUCCUACUGCAACAGCAAUUUUGUGUUUCCCGUUCUGGAACCUGGUCGCAUUCUUCGCAACUCCAUCUACCACACCUGCAUUAUUUGGAGGUGGUCUGUUGGGAUAUGUGAUGUAUGAUUGCACUCACUACUACCUGCACCAUGGACAACCAUCCACAGACCCAGCAAAACAUCUCAAGAGGUAUCACCUCAGCCAUCACUUCAGAAUCCAAGACAUGGGCUUUGGCAUUACCUCAUCGCUUUGGGACGCUGUCUUUGGGACAUUGCCUCCAUCCAUGACACCUGGGAAGAAGAACUGACGCACAUAACACAGUUCUUGGCAUGAGAAAUUCUAGGGGAUCCUUAUCAAAAAAAAGAAAGAAAUUCUAGCGGAUCUGUAAUAUAUAUUCAAGCCAGGGACAAUCCUGGAUCUGUCUUCGUGCGAUGGGUUGACAUGUCCAUUCAGUUCAAAGUUCAUGUGGUGUACUGAUGUCUGGUGAUCUAUCCUGAAUGUGAAGAUAGUAUUUCGCUGCCUCA